AUGGCGCGAACUUGCGCGUGGUGCACGCUACUCUCCCUUGCGGUGCUGGUGAGCUGCGAGGCGCUCAUGCCCCUCUCCCACGUGCAAGAGCGUAAGCAACAGAACCUCACCGCGUUCCAAAAGCAGUGGAUUGACCCCGACACGGAUCCCGAGUUUUACACGGCGCUCGUGCCCAACGGUCCGUACGAUUUUGGCGGGAACGCCAGCUUCAAUUACGAGUACGAGCUCAUCUUCUCGGACGAGUUCAACAGCUCAAAGCGUACGUUUGAAGCGGGCUUUGACCCGAAGUGGACGGCCGUGGACAUUCGAGAUACCACCAACAUGGGGCAGCACUACUUCCUGCCUCAAGCCGUGCAGAUUGACAAGGGCAAUCUCAUCAUCACCACGACCAAGCCCAAGCAUCGCUACCGCGGGGCCAAGUACGUCAGUGGCAGUGCGCAGACGUGGAACAAGUUCUGCUACACGGGCGGUUAUGUCGAAGUCCGGGCGAUCUUGCCCGGCAAGUGGGGUAUCCCUGGCACGUGGCCAGCUAUCUGGAUCAUGGGCAAUAUUGGCCGCGCUCCGUUUCUGGGCUCUCAAGACGGCACGUGGCCCUGGAGCUUUGACGUGUGCGCUCCGUACAUUGAAAAGUUGGAGAAAGUCAAGCAGAAGAUUAAUGCAUGUGGCAAUCUCACUGACAAGCACGAUAAGAAGUCGUACCCGGAAAAUUACGGCUUACAUCCCUUCCAAGGUCGUGGAGCCACCGAGAUCGAUGUGAUUGAAGCCCAGAUUCGUGCACGAGACGAGCCGGCGUUCAUUUCAACGUCGCUGCAGAUCCGUCCUAGUUUGUUGGACGACAUGCGCCCUGCGUCUGAAAACAUGCCCGGUCCCGGACAAUGGUACCAGGGCCUGAAGUUUGGCCAGUUCACCCGCAUUAACAGCGACUACUACGGCACGUUGGGUCUCGAUUCUAUCUCGGCGCUCACACAACUUGAAUCUAACGCGUUCAAGUCAUUUCACCUGUACCGCUUGGACUGGUCGCCCGGUCCGGAGGGUUACAUUCGCUGGUGGAUGGACAAUUCUUUCUUGUUUGAGAUUCCCGGGUCCGCGUUGAACAAGUGGGUGGGUGAUGUCCCUCCUCGCCGAAUCCCAGUGGAACCCAGUUAUCUCAUUCUGAGUACGGCCGUUUCCGAAAAGUUCUCUCCUCCGUGUUCCGGUCAGAUCUGUGACUCGUUGUGGCCUUCAAACUUUACGAUCGACUACGUGCGUGUCUACCAGGGCAACCCGAAUCGAUACACAUCGGUGGGAUGCAACCCAGAGGCGUUUCCUACAUCUAGUUGGAUCUAUGCCAAUCCAGUGAAUUACGGUCUGCCGUGGUAUGUGUCUUUACGCGUAGACAUCGGUCUUCUGCAGGCGUUUGCUCUGAUGAAUGCGCUACUGGGCCUCAUCAUGGCAUUUUGUGGCACUUCCCAUCCGAAAGCGAUGUCAGCUUACGCUAGCUCGCUAUGGCUUACUGCAUCGAUUUACGGAGUCUUAACUACUAGCGCUCCUGCAGAUUAUGUAUGGGUUCAAACCACAAUUGCUUGCCUGUGCGGACUAGUGCUUGGUGGUCUAUGCUGCCUUGUAUACCCUGUGUCCUUAGGUGCGAUACUUGGGCUGUACUGCGGUGUGGUGAUUAGUCAGUUCGUUCCGCUGCUGUCCACACGAGUGAUAACUGCAGUGCUGGUAUGCGCUGGUAUUGCACUGGGAUGUGCACCGCAGAUCGAUACCAAGCACAUUGUGAUUCUGUCGACAUCGUGGCUCGGGAGUUUGGCGUUUUUGUUGUCGUUGUCGCUGUGGGUGAGCAAUGGCGACUUCGCAGAGAAUGCAUGGGAUCUCGCUGGUUUCGUCUUCAAUGGCCACAAACGCGACCACCUCGGCCUCUGCACAGAGCAUUGCGUUGCGAUGUAUGGCUUGCUUGUCAUGCUUAGUGUGGUCACUACGGCGUAUGCAUACUAUCGCAUGCGUGGGCUGUUUCUGCGCAACGAUACGAUCAAAGCGCGCAAAGCUAAAUUCCCGCCGGUGUCUGCGAGCUCGGAUGCUCGGUCGUGGCGACCUGAGGAUGACGACAUGUCGGGCGUGGAAAAGGACAUGAUGAACUUUUUCUCGCCGUCCAAGCUGCCGCACAACAUGCAGCAGUUCAGUACCAUCUUCCGCAUUGCGGUCAAUGUGCAACGCGCGUUUGGUUUUCAGAUGGAUAACUUCCGUAAUCAGACGGAGCACAUUGUGAUGCUUCUUACCAACAGUACUCGCAAGAGCGGCAAUCCAUAUCGGAAGCUGCACGCCUUGGUGUUUUCCAACUACAACAAGUGGUGCUCGAAGCUCAUGAUUAAGCCAUUGCACUGGAGUGAACAUCGGGCGCCUCAAGGUGGUCUCACUAGCGUGGAUGAGAUUUCGGUGGACUUGUGUUUAUUCUUCUUCAUUUGGGGUGAGGCGAGUAACUUGCGUCACUCUCCGGAGUUUGUGUGCUUCCUGUUUCACAAAAUGAAGGAGGAGUUUCCGUCUUCUCGUCACGCUGAACGCGAGGCGGGUUACUUUUUGGACACAGUAGUGACGCCCGUAUACGGUCUGCUGAAGUCCGAAAUGACGUCCAAGUACGAUCACGAGGAUCGGCACAAUUACGAUGAUUUCAACGAAUUCUUCUGGUCGAGAGCUUGCCUGAAGUACGACUACAAGCACGAGGAGGUCAUCGACAUGGCAUCGCCAAACCCCAGCAUGCAUUUUAAACGGAGGAAGCAGCAGCGUGAAGGUCUGAACGAGCAGAGCGGCUUCAUUGGUCGGGGUGGACUCAACAGCGGCGCCAAAAGCACUAGUCGCUCGAACAAUCGUAAAAGCAUUGCUGAAGGGUUUACAGAAUCUGCAAAGACGUUUGUGGAAAAGCGGACGUGGCUUUUGCCUCUACGCGCGUUCAACCGUAUCUUCAACUUCCACGUACUCUCAUUCCACUUUUUGGCAGCUCUCGCGCUCGUGAACGAGCAAGAAAUGGGCAUCACAGAGUCGUGCAAGAUCGUCUCAAGCGCGUUCAUUACGCCAUUUUUACUGGACAUUCUUCGGGACGGUCUCGAUAUUUUUGCUGUGUACCACGUGCACCAGAAGGCAUCUUCGGCAUUGCGUAGUGUGCUUCGCAUGCUUUUGCACCUGGUCGUGUUGGUUGCGUCUUCGAUGUUGUACUGGUGUGCCUGGGCUUACGGCGGUUCUUGGUGGCAGUCAUAUUAUGUGGUUGUGCUACUUUUCCACAUCCCGGGGUUGCUCAAUUGUGUCAUGCAGGUCAUGCCUGGCUUUACGAACUGGGCGCGACGCACAAAUGUCGCCCCUGUCGCUUUCAUUCGUGACAUUAUGAGCCCCACGAACCGGUUGUACAUUGGUGACAACGUGCUAGACCCUGAGUCGUUAAGUGUGGGCUACCAGAUUUUCUGGGUUUCGCAGCUGUCUUGGAAGCUGUACUUCAGCUACAAGUUUGAGAUUUCCCCACUUGUCGUGCCGAGUUUCUUGCUCUACGCCGAUCAUGUGCAAAAUAACGUGAGCAUGAUCACAACCACGUUUCUUAUCUUCCUGAAUUGGAUGCCAUUCUUCCUGGUUUUCUGCGUGGACAUAACGAUUUGGAAUUCAAUCUGGAUGGCCUUCACAGGUACGUUUGUGGGUUUCUCAUCACAUAUCGGAGAGAUCCGCAACUUCAGCCGCGUCCGCUCAGCAUUUGGUCGUGCUGUGGAUGCGUUCAACGCUAAGGUGAUUUCUCGAUGCUCAAAAACCGGGCUUCAAAUCUCGGAGAGUACUGGUAUGCCCUAUGGAUCGACAGCGGUUGGUCAUGAGAUGCUAGAGCGCGUUGCCGGUGGCGCAGAUCCGACGUCACAAAUUCUAUCACAGCGGAAUACUUCCGUUCACGAUGACGAGACUCCUCUGCUAUCGUUCUCGCGCCGCAAACAGACGCCAAUGGAGCGGCAAGCGGCUCGUCGCCGCAAGUGGUUCUCGUUUUCAGUGGUCUGGGAUACGAUCAUUGACAGCAUGCGCGCUGACGACCUGAUCUCGAACAAAGAAAAGGCGGUCCUUCACUUUCGCCGUCUCAAUGGUUAUCAAAGAGAGAUUUAUCUGCCGCAGUUUCAGCUGGCAGGUUGCUUUGAAAACUUUACGUCCUACAUCCUUGAUAUCUACUCGUCUAAUGACGGUGAGGUGUCGGAGCGCGUUCUUCAAGACAAGUUGCUGGAAAUUCUGAGCGAAAACCCGAUGGUGGAAGAGUCGCUUGAAGAAAUCUGGGAGCUUGCGAACUGGGUGCUAAUUCAUGUGCUUGGUCCAUGUCAUGCGAACGACGUAAAGCAUGUCACGAGUGUGCUCAGUUCGUGGGCUGCCCGCGGUGUGUUCCGUGCGCUGGACCUGCAGAAGGUGGCCCCGUGCGGUCGUGCGCUCGCAGGUUUGGUGUCUCUUUUGAAGUCAAAUGUCCGUGUGUGGAAGGACAAUGCCAAGAUGAUUCCAGUGCGCAAAGAGCCUUCCGACUAUACAUCCUACGAGUUUCCGCACGAUUCGAACUCGUAUCGUCCUGCGUCGUCCGGACUGACGAAGUCUGCAAGUACGACGGGUCUGUCGUCGCUCGGUCGCGAGCCUCCUCGUCGCAGCCGUGGUUCUGGUGUUGCUCGCAUUGCACGCAUGCAACAGCAGACGCACAAGCCUGCUGUGAACAACGGCAAGGCUACUCACUCGAUCCCUAGCGCGCACAUCAUGCAGAUUCGUGAGCGUGUCCGUAACUUCCUGAACUUAGGAAAGGAGAUGCUAGCUCGCGUUCCCGAACAGGACCCGGUGUACGCUGAGAGCAAGGGCAUUUCUGACCGGCUCACUUGGAUCCUUACACAAGAACGAGGAUUUAUGUGGGACGACAAUUACACGGGUGAGCAAAUCACGCUUACUGCGUUUGAAUCCCACACGGACGUGGUACUAUCGCACUUGCACGGACUUCUGACUUUGCAGAAAAUCGAGUCCGAGCCUCAGUCGUACGAUGCACGUCGUCGAUUGCUGUUCUUUGUGAAUUCGCUCUUUAUGGAUAUGCCACUGGCCCCAUUGCUUGAUGAGAUGAAGUCGUGGAGUGUGAUAACGCCGUUCUAUGCUGAGGACGUUUUGUACUCCAGAAAGGAUCUCGAAAGCAAGCGGGACGGUCUUGAUGUACACACACUGCUGUUCCUCCAGACGCUGUACAAGCGUGACUGGGAGAACUUCUUGGAGCGUGUAAAGCCGAAGAAGAAUAUUUGGAAGAAUCCGGACACCGCCAUCGAGCUGCGCAUGUGGGCAUCAUUACGCGGCCAGACACUCUCACGUACAGUGCAGGGUAUGAUGUACGGCGAGGCAGCUAUUCGUUUGCUUGCCGAUAUCGAACAAGUUCCGCAGCAGAAACUGGAGGAUUUGAUCAAUACCAAGUUUACGUACGUCGUCGCCUGCCAGAUAUAUGGCCGUCAGAAAAAGAACAACGAUCCAAAGGCGAAUGACAUCGAGUUCUUGCUGCACCGAUUCCCGAAUCUUCGUGUGGCGUAUAUUGACGAGGUCCGCGUGAACUAUCAAAAGGAGCAAUCAUACUUUUCAGUGCUCAUCAAGGGUGGCGAAGAUCUUGGUUCGGUGCAUGAAGUGUACCGUGUUCGGCUCCCAGGCAAUCCUAUAUUAGGUGAGGGUAAACCUGAAAACCAGAACGCGGCUAUCGUGUUCACUCGUGGCGAAAACUUGCAGACGAUUGAUAUGAAUCAGGACGGGUAUCUCGAAGAAGCAUUGAAGAUGCGCAACUUGCUGGAAGAGUUUGACAAGGGUACCGAAGAUCGGCCGUAUACGAUUGUGGGCAUUCCAGAACACAUUUUUACUGGCAGUGUGAGUUCGUUGGCUAACUACAUGGCGCUGCAAGAGACAUCCUUCGUGACGCUGAGCCAGCGUACACUUGCGCGUCCUUUGCGCAUGCGUUUGCACUACGGCCAUCCGGAUGUGUUCAACAAGCUCUUCUUUAUUACGCGUGGUGGUAUCAGCAAGGCCAGCAAGGGUAUCAAUCUCAGUGAAGAUAUCUUUGCUGGUUACAACAACUGUAUGCGCGGUGGCUGUGUGACGUUCCCGGAGUACACAAAGUGUGGCAAGGGGCGUGAUGUUGGCAUGCAGCAGAUUUACAAGUUCGAGGCAAAACUGGCACAAGGAGCAGCGGAGCAGUCGCUUUCGCGUGACGUGUAUCGAAUCGGCCAACGCCUUGACUUUUUCAAACUGCUCUCAUUUUACUACAAUCAUGUGGGCUUUUACUUUUCGACGUCCGUCAUCAUCUGGACAGUAUACUUCCUGCUGUACUGCAAUUUGCUACGGUCGUUGCUUUCGCUUGAGGGUGUUGGCGGGCGCGAACCGGUACUGUUGAGCACGCUGCAAAUCAUGCUGGGAUCUGUUGCGUUCUUCACGACUGCUCCAUUGCUAGCGACGAUCUCAGUCGAACGUGGUUUCAAAGCUGCGUUGAGCGAGAUUUUCGUCCUAUUCGUGACCGGUGGUCCGAUGUACUUUUUGUUCCAUAUCGGCACGAAGUGGUUCUACUUCGGACAAACUAUUCUUGCGGGUGGUGCGAAAUACCGAGCGACGGGCCGUGGGUUCGUGACGAAGCACUCGUCUUUUGAUGAAUUGUAUCGGUUCUAUGCGAGCAGUCACUUGUACGCUGCAGUGGAAAUUGCCGCUGGCCUCACUGUUUACUUCAUUUUCACGAUCGGCCAUGAGUACUUCUCGAUGACGUGGUCGCUAUGGCUUGUGUGUGUAUCAUGGUACUGGUCACCGUUCUGGUUCAACCCUCUGUCGUUUGAAUGGUCUGACGUGAUGGAAGACUUUCGCUUGUGGUUCAAGUGGAUGCGUGGCGACGGUGGCAACCCCAACCAGUCGUGGGAAGCGUGGUUCAAAGAGGAGAACGCGUACUUUGCAACCAUGCGGCCAUGGGCAAAGGCGUGCGUUACGAUCAAGGGUGGGCUGUUCGCGCUGAUUGCGUUCUCUAUAUCGUCGACGGACGACGAAUACCACUCGAUCCUGACGGAGGCUACAUGGCUUCCGCUGGCCAUUUGCUUCUCGAUGGCCGCGGUUUACUUAAGUGCCCAAGCAGUGUUUUUCACUUCGUCUCGCUCCUUCGGUGAAAGUGGCCUCGUCCGGUUCCUGAAGCUCAUUUUGAUGCUCGUUCUCGCCCUAGGCUUCAUCCUCGCAUUCGUGUACGUGGACGGUAUGUGGCAAUGCUUCCUAAGCAUGGGAUACCUCGCGGCGGCAGUGGGCUGCUGGGCACUGAUGUUUGUCGGCACCAACUCGCGCUUCGUUGGGACGCUUUACUUCGUUCAUGACGCUGUGCUGGGCCUUGUGUCGCUGAGUCUGAUCGUGUUACUCGCGGCACUUUAUGUCCCGGGUAAGAUCCAGACGUGGCUACUUUACAACAACGCAUUGAGCAGGGGUGUAGUGAUCGAAGACAUUCUUCGAGCCAACUCGAGCAAUGACGACCGUGACGAUGAUUUGUCGGUGCAGCAGAUGCGCUCUGUUAUCAUCGAGCAGCAGCGGUUUAUAAACGUCUUGACCGCCAGCGGCAGUGAGACCGAUAUUCGUGACGCGGGGUCUCAAAAGAAAGAAGACCUUAUGCACGCUAUGAGUGACAGCACGCUCAAUGCAGUGCUGAGGAACAUGUCGGAAUCGGAGCUGAGUGCGUUGCAGGAUUCAUCCAGCCGUUUGCAGGCCAUUAUGGCCGAGGAAGAACGGAAGGUCGCGCAACAAAAUCGGCAGCAGGAAGAGCAACGACUCGCUGCGGCAGGUAUGAACCCGUCACUGUCACAAACGCGUCGAGCUUUUUCGACAAACGAUUUCUCAGCUAUUCCAGGGAACGCGACUCCAUUCAAGGUGCCGACACCAACAGCGCCGGAUAGUAGCACCCCCGACAGCGGUUCUGCUAAAUAA